CUUCCGACAAAGCAAUCCUUGCUCAUGCAUAUGAACGUCACGUAGCUGACUUUACGCUACUCCCGCGCCUAUGGCUGCACGUCCAUCCAAUAGGCAUGGACGUAUCUAUCUCGACCAAGAGGGCGCGGACAUCUACCAGUGCAGUGGGAAAACAGCAAUGUCACACCAUGACCGCGCCGUUCCGGGGGUGAGCGGGGGAAGACCUGACCCCGAGUCACCCAGUGCGCAUCUGGUUUCCGCUCGUCCAGGCCGGCUUUGUGGAAUUCUCUCCUCUUGUCCUGGGUCCACGAAACAAUCUUGUGUUUCCACUCGACGACCCGCACCCGCUACGUACGAUGAGCUUUACGCAGAGUCUCAUCGCAGAGUCGCGCACCAUAGCCUAGCUGCAUGUAAAUUUUCCGGGAGCGCUUUGAAAUGGACAGCGAACACCAGAGGAAACUCCUCUGACCAGCUUGGAUACAUACGGCACGACAAUGGCGUGGACACGAGGAGAAACAGGCCAGUUUCGUCGCGGAAACGGGGCUACCUUUACUCCAAAAUGCUUACCGUUGCAUGUCCUGUCCUGGAUAGACUUCAGAAAGCAUGUCUAUUAUACACUUAUGCUUUUAGCUACUUAAAGAGCCUGUGGCCUUCUAAACAUAGGUGAUCUAGUUAGGUUUGAUUAGCGACGUGACGUCUUCAAGAUGGUCUCUAUCUAGCGCAAUAAGGUC